CAGCUCCUCACACAGGUGUGGCUGCCAUCUGUCUGGCCCCCCAGCCCCCAGCCCCUCCCUCCAGAAGCAAAGUCCUCUCUUCCACUCCGCCAUCCCUGACAGAGAAGGAGGAGCCCAUUAGCAAGGUGGCCGACAUGGAGAACAUGACCAUCUGGGAGCAGCACACGGCCACACUCAACAAGGACCCCCGCAGGGGCUUUGGCAUUGCCAUCUCCGGACGCCGAGACCAGUCCGGCAGCUCUGUGGUGGUGGUGUCAGACGUGGUGCCCGGGGGGCCGGCCCAGGGCAGACUGCAGACAGGGGACCAAAUCGUCAUGGUGAACGGGGUCUCCAUGGAGAGUGUCACCUCCACUUUCGCCAUCCGGAUUCUCAAGACCGGCACCACGCUGGCCAACAUCACGGUGAAGCGACCCCGGACCAUCCAGGUGCCAGUCACCAAAGCCAGCCCCUCCAGCCCAGGCCACCAGUACUGGGACAAGGAGGGCGGGACCCGGCAGCUUGAGGACACGGACCACGGCAGGGGCUAUGAGGGGGGAUCGUCCAGCGGCUCUAGCCACUCCUGGGGCAAGCGCUCCCGCCGGCCGAGGGCUGGCCGCCGCAGCCGGGCGAGCAGCUAUGGGCGCAGGAGCCCAAGUGGUGGCUCAGAGGUCAACGGGCUGGACCUGGUGUCCGGCUUCAAGCGGCUCCCACGGCAGGACGUGCUCAUGAGACCCCUGAAGUCCACACUGGUGCGGAGGACAGAGAGCGAGGAGUUCGGGGUCAAGCUGGGCAGUCAGAUCUUCAUCAAGCACAUCACAGAUUCGGGCCUGGCUGCCCGGAGCAACGGGCUGCAGGAGGGAGACCUUAUCCUACAGAUCAAUGGGGUGUCCAGCGAGAACCUGUCGCUGGGUGACACGCGGCGGCUGAUCGAGAAGUCGGAGGGCACGCUCACCCUGCUGGUGCUGAGGGACCGCGGGCAGUUCCUGGUGAACAUCCCCCCGGCAGUCAGCGACAGCGAGAGCUCUCUCCUGGAGGACAUCUCAGACCUGGCCUCGGAACUGUCUCAGGCGCCACCCUCCCAUGUCCCUCCGCCGCCCCGGCACAGGCAGAGGAGCCCCGAUUCCAGUGCGCCCUCCUCCCCGGAGGAGAGAACCCGGCCCCUGCACCAGCGCUCCGUGGAUUCCAGGGCCGUCUCAGAACCAGACUCCCCCCAGGAGAAGAGCUAUGACAUCUUCCGGGUGCCCAGCAGCCAGAGCAUGGAGGACCAUGGGUACAGCCCUGAUGUGAGGGUGGUGCGUUUCGCCAAGGGGACCAACAUCGGGUUGCGACUGGCUGGGGGCAACGAUGUGGGCAUCUUUGUGUCAGGCGUGCAGGAGGGCAGUGCGGCAGAUGGGCAGGGCAUCCAGAAGGGGGACCAGAUCCUGCAGGCGAACGACACACCCUUCCGGAACCUGACCCGUGAGGAGGCGGUGCAGUUCCUGCUGGGACUGCCGCCCGGGGAGGAGGUGGAGCUGGUGACGCAGCGGAAGCAAGACAUUUUCCAGAAGAUGGUGCAGUCCCGCGUGGGCGACUCCUUCUACAUCCGCACCCACUUCGAGAUGGAGCCCAGCCCCCCAUCCGGCCUGGGCUUCACGCGUGGCGACGUCUUCCACGUGGUGGACACGCUGUUCUCAGGCCCCGCACAGAGCCACACGGGCGGGAAGUACUGGCUGGUGGCCCGCAUGGGUCGGGACCAUCGCGAGCAGGAGCGGGGGAUCAUUCCCAACCAGAGCAGGGCUGAACAGCUGGCCAGCCUGGAGGCUGCCCAACGGGCCGUGGGGACCCUGCCCGGCACCUCAGCCGCCCCCAACGCGCGGGCUGAGUUCUGGCGACUGCGGGGUCUUCGCCGGGGAACCAAGAAGUCCACGCACCGGAGCCGCGAGGACCUGUCGGCGCUGACCAAGCAGGGCAACUACCCGCCUUACGAGCGCGUGGUGCUGCGAGAAGCGGGCUUCAAGCGCCCCGUGGUGAUCCUGGGGCCCGUGGCAGACGUUGCAAUGCAGAAGCUGACUGCUGAGCUGCCUGACCAGUUUGCAAUCGCAGAGAGCGUGUCCCGGACAGAGGCGCCCUCGAAAAUCAUUAAACUGGACACUGUGCGGGUAAUUGCAGAGAAGGACAAGCACGCGCUGCUGGACGUGACCCCCUCGGCGAUCGAGCGCCUCAACUACGUGCAGUACUACCCCAUCCUGGACAGCUCCUCAGAGGACAACCUGGACCUCCCCCUCCGCGGCCUGGCUGACAGCACAGCUGACUUGAGCUGUGACAGCCGGGUCAACAGCGACUACGAGACAGAUGGCGAGGGCUACACCGACGGCGAGGGCUACACCGACCGGGAAGGUUACACCGACGGGGAAGGUUACGCCGACGGGGAUGGCUAUGCCUAUGGUGAAGACGGGCACCACGUGGACGUGGAAAGGCCUUUGGUGGCACCAGCGUUGGCCCGAUCCUCAGAGCCAGUGCUGGUGGAGGAGCCCCCGAGCCCUCGGGACCAGGGGAGACCCUCAGCCCACCCAGGAGCCCAGGUGGAGAGUCGGAACCCCCCGAGUCAGUGGCGCCAGGACAGCAUCCGGCUGUUCGAGCGGGAGGCCUUGAAGAAGAAGUUCACCCGCGUCCGAGACGAUGAGUCCUCAGAUGAAGGUUAUGACUGGGGCCCAGCUACUGACCUCUGAGCCCUCCAGGUGGCCCGCUGGCCCAGUGGCCUCCCUCUGCUCCACUUGCGGAGAUCCCUUUGUCCAUACGGAACUGGCCCUGCUCCUGUCACCCUGGUCUCAAUAAACAGCUAUUUUCACAA